AUGCUUAGAGAAGAAAGAGAAGAAGAUAUUUUGUCUUCUUCUCCCCCACCACCACCACCACCUCACCAUCAACAUAUAAUACCCCCACCACCACCACCAGGUUCUGCUGCUGCUGAUGGUGCUGCUGCUGCUGCACCUCCUGCUGCUGCUGCUGAGCAUAGAAGACCCCCUAUACAUUUUUCUGCUGCAGCAGAUAGACUUGAAAGCAGCAGCAGCAGAAGGCCUGCAGCAGCAGCAGCAGCAGCAGCAACAGAGACUGCUCCUAUAAAGAGAUUACCACCUAUAAGGAAAGAAACUAAAGAGGAGAGAGAAGAAAGAGAAGAAAGAGAAGAAAAAGAAAAAGAAGAAAGAGAGACAGAUGCAGAUGAAGAAGAAGAAGAAGGAGACAGCGAAGAGGAGACAGAAGAAGGAGACAGCGAAGAGGAGACAGAAGAAAAAGAAAAAGAAAAAGAAAAAGAAAAAGGAGACAGAACGGAGACAACCACUGCAGCACCAAAAGAAGAAGAAACUAAAACUACAACAGCAGCUCCUGCUGCAGCAGCAGAUAGAGAAGAGAGAGAAGAAGAGAGAGAAGAGAGAGAGGAGACAGAGGAGGAGACAAAAACAACAACAAAAAAACCAGUAGCAGCAGAAGAAUAA